UCCCAUUUUCGGGCAAAAGCCCAUUUCGGCUCCACGUCGACGACAUCCGGAAGCGGGCUCGUUUUGGGGUGGGCGUGAGAUUGACUUUGGCUCGCCUUAAAGUACACGGUUGAAAAGGGGGGGGGGUAAAAAAACUAAAGGAAAGCGCCAUCCCACCACAAGCUCCCAUCUUUCCGCACGCAGUCUCCGUGGACGACAUCGACUCGGUCCGCAACGGGCGCCAGUCCGAGGGCCUGAACAAGCACACCGACCCGGGCGACGAAGAACGCUGCUUCUCCAUCGUGUUCAAGGGCCGCAAGAAGGUCCUGGACCUGAUGGCGAGCGACCGGGACGAGGCCGAUCAGUGGGUGAAGAGCUUUGAGAAGGUCUUGAACAACCUGCGCAACCUGAGCCGCCAACAGAAGAGCGAGCACUGGAUCAUCGACUGCAUGCGCAGAGCGGACAAGAACGCCGACAACAAAAUGAACCUGAAGGAGCUCAAGCGCUUCCUGCGCCACGUCAACAUCGAGGUGGACGACGCGUACGCCGAAGAACUUUUCCGGAAAUGCGACCGGUCCGAGUCGGGCUACCUGGAGGACUCGGAGAUCGAGACCUUCUACGAGCUGCUGACCCACCGGGAGGAGAUCGACGUCAUCUACGGCAACUACGCUCGCACGGAGGGCCAGAUGAGCGUCCGCGACCUGCUGGACUUCCUGCUGAACGAGCAGAGGGAGAGCGCCACCGCCUCGGACGCCCUCGGGCUGAUGGAGAAAUACGAGAUGGACAAAACGGCCAAACAGAAUAAGCGCAUGAGCAAAGACGGUUUCCAGAUGUACCUCCAACACGAAGACUGCUCCAUCCUCAACCCGGCCCACAAGAGCGUCUACCAGGACAUGACGCAGCCCCUCAACCAUUACUACAUUUCGUCCUCGCACAACACCUAUCUGACCCACGACCAGCUCAAAGGACCCAGCAGCACCGAAGGCUACAUCAGAGCUCUGAUGAAGAAUUGCCGCUGCGUGGAGUUGGACUCUUGGGACGGCCCCAACGGCGAGCCCGUCAUCUACCACGGCUACACGCUCACCUCCAAAAUCCUGUUCAGGGACGCCAUCCGGGCCAUCAAAGAUUACGCCUUCAGGACGUCGGACUACCCGGUCAUCCUGUCCUUGGAGAACCACUGCAGUUUGGAGCAGCAGAAGCUGAUGGCCCACUACAUCAUCUCCAUCCUGGGGGACGCCUUGGUCACCGAGCCGCUGGGCGACUUCCUGCCCGCCGCCUUCCCCUCGCCAGAGGAGCUCAAGGGCAAGUUCCUGAUCAAGGGAAAGUGCCUGAACAAAUUGAGCGCCGCGUUCAACGACCGCAACAACACGAUCUCGGAGGGCACGGUGUCCGAGGAGGACGAGGCGGCCGAGCAAGAAGACGGUCAAAAAAGUCCCCAAAAGAAGUCCAAAAUCCGACUGGCCAGGGAGCUCUCCGACGUGGUGGUCUACUGCAAGAGCGUCCACUUCAACGGCUUCGAGCACGCCCGGGACAAGCUGGACUUCAACGAGAUGUCCUCCUUCAAGGAGAGCAAAGCCUUCAACCUGGCCGAGAGCGCCUCGGGCGCCUUCACGCGCCACAACGUGGACAAGCUGAGCCGGACCUACCCGGCCGGCUCCAGGACUGACUCGUCCAACUACAACCCGGUGCCCAUGUGGAACGCCGGUUGCCAAAUAGUGGCGCUCAACUUCCAGACGCCCGGCAAGGAGAUGCACAUCAACCAGGGCCGCUUCCUCGCCAACGGCGCGUGCGGCUACGUCCUCAAGCCGCAGUUCCAAAGGGAUGCCGCCUCGCACUUCGACCCCAACGUCCUUUCUUUCGGACCCUGGCUGAGGAAGAAGAGCCUCCAUGUCAUGGUGAUCUCGGCCCAGCAGUUGCCCAAGCUCAACGUGGACAAGCAGAAAUCCAUCGUGGACCCCCUGGUGAGGGUGGAGGUGUACGGCGUGCGGGCUGACAACGCCAGCAAGGAGACGCACCGCAUCGACAACAACGGCUUCAACCCCACGUGGAACGAGCACUUCGAGUUUGACGUCCACGUUCCCGAGCUGGCCAUCUUGCGAUUGGUGGUGGAGGACUACGACGCCACGUCGGCCAACGAUCUCAUUGGCCAGUACUGCCUGCCGCUCACCUGCGUGCAGAACGGUUAUCGGCACGUUCCGCUCCUGAACAAGAACGGCGACUUGAUCUCGGCGGCCGGCCUAUUCGUGCACGUCAUGCUCCUGGACGCCGAAUAACGCAAGAGAAAACCAAAGUUGCCACUCCAACCGCUUAUGAGUGUUUUUUUCUUGAUCUCCUCCUCCCCCCUGCAGAAUAACCAUGAACGAGCGACCGGAGCAUUUGAAUGCAUUUGUCCCACUGGUGGUCACGAGCUCGGGUCGGACAGGACAACAAUUGAUACGCGUGCUCUUUUCUGACCCCAAGACAUUUGAUGGCGUUUUGUAUCUUUUUGUCUCGACGAGCAUCACGAGGCCACGUUUUUGUUAUUGUUUUUUUAGGCCGAGUGAUGUCAAGUCAUCAACCGCAUGAAAACGCGAUUGGACAAUGCGACAAGUGUACGCGUCACUGUGUUUUACGCUCCCUCAUUAAUAAAACCCUCAGCCUCA